AGGUUAUAAUAAAUCAACAUUGAUCAGAGCUAUCGAUGAAGUGGGCAAUGAUAUCAAUUGGAGUAGGGAAAGUAACAGGGUCUGGGGGGUGGAUCGGCAUCAAAUACAACGCCCCUCAUAUAAACCAAGCCGGCAGGGGCAGAGACACUACGCAAAGUAUUCACUUGGAUUUAGCGAUUACAGCCCUAUUCUGACGCGGUCUUUGAAAAGUCAAGAGUAA